CGUGACUUUGUCACGUGAUCCCUCAUUUUGCACUUUAGCUUACAUGGCUGUCGGUUGACUGUCAGUUGUGGGUGCAGGUGAGAAAGGAGGCGGUGUGAUCAUGGCCGAGGAUGCGACUGUAUCGGAGGAGACUUUAACAAGUGCUCUGACUCUGAUGGUCAACUUGGGCAAAGUCCUUCUACAGACAGCCAAGGACGAGGCAGAAGAAUCCCUGGAGACGUUUGUCCCAUAUAAGAUCACCACUUUACUCGGCCUGAUCACAGCCGGAGCAGACUUCUACAGAAGCAUAGGAGUGAAGAAGAAGAGUGAGGCAGAGGACAUUUGGCAGAAGUAUUAUCACCACGCAGCAGUGAGAGAGCAGGUGGAGGAACUCUUGCAGCUUGAGAGUGAGUGGGACUCCUUCCUGGAGAGUGUGGACAGACGUCUGCAGACGACAGACAGACAGCUGUCAGGAAGAACGAUCGCAGACCGCCUGAGCCCUGAUACUCCGUUCACCGAUGGAUGGAGCGGAGAGAGCGUGACCCUGGGUCAGUACCUGGGUAAGGGUCAGAAGCCGCUGCUGGUCCUCAUCAGACAUUUUGGAUGACUACCGUGACGAGACCACACGGCAGAGCUGGAGGCACAUCAGGCUGCCCUGGAGGCUCUGUCAGUGCGGGUCUUGGUGGUUUCUUUCGGGGGUUUGGAGGGGGCUCAGGUGUGGCUGGAGCAGACUGGAUGUACUUUCGACAUGCUGCUGGAUCCACAGAGAAAGGUAUACAGGAGUUUCGGCCUCGGCUCUUCCUACGCCAAGGUGAUGAGGUUCGGCUGCCUGCUGCAGUACUCGGAGUACGGAGCUGUGGACAGAGACUUCCCCGUUGUCGCCCCUCGUCUGCUGGAAGAUAUCUACCAGAUGGGAGGUGACUUUUUGCUGGAUGAAGCAGGGAAGGUCCUUCUUUCUCACCCGUCUAAAUCCCCAAUGGACAGGCCGACUGUGAAGGCCAUCCUGCAGGCCCUGGACCCUUCAGGCUGCUCUGCCGACUCAGCAGAGUAACAUCAACAUGUGGAUGACGAGCUGUGAACACUGGAGACACUUGGUUUGAUCAGGGGGUUUAAUGUUGUUGUUUUUACCACAUCACUGACACCACAGAGGAAGAGCAGCUCUUUGACUCACGUUUAUGACGUCACGUCUCGCAUUCAUGACACCAUGAAGAAAUGUGACCGAUGCAGAACUGUAAAUCAAAGACAAAUGGAUCUUCUCUUUGUUGUGUCAUUGUUGUGAUGGGAGCAUCUUUUAAAUGAGCGGUAUGACUGGAUUGCAAUAUAGUUUGAUAUGAUUUUAGCAAUUUCACUGUAAUCUGUCAUGUUGGAGAAUAUGGUAUUCCUUUAGGCUUAACUUUAAAGUUGCUGAAUUUGACUUUCAGAGCAUUAAUAUAGCAGCAAACAAUUAUCAUCUAUGAAAAGAUAUAGCGGAGUUGUGUGUGUGUGUGUGUGUGUGAGUGUGUGUGUUUACAUAGCCGGGCCGGCCGCUCGUGCAUGCUGUUGCAUGUGAGUCUCCCCGCACUGCGCUCAUACAGCAGUAACUACUAAACACGCCGUCCCGACCCUCGUAGGGCCCACCCUCCGGUUUCCCACUAGUAGACACUGUUAGCAAUAUCAGUACUGUUGACAUUUGCACUGUUAGCACCGUUGGCUGCUAGCCACCAGCUCAGCCAUCGCCAUGUUAAGAGCCUUGUGGAGUCAACAGAUAUGCUCUGAAUUUGGCAUUUUGCACCUUUUUUAUUGGUGACUUAUGCAGGUUUGGAUUUCGGAGGCCCUAAGUGGUGGUGAGAGGGAACAUUUUUAGUUUUGGAAGGGACGAAUUACUACAUUACCCAGACAUGAUGAUAUCACUGGCUACUUAGUGGCUGGUCAGGGUAGAGGUGAAAGCUGCUGCUGCAUCCUCUUUUUCUUAUGUAAUCAUGAAACUGCACUUUGAGACUUUACAGUAGAAAAAAAGACAUAAUUGCUGUCUGUAAUAUAUGUAGUCUUCUUGUCCUAAAAUUUGAUGAGAAUGUUCUUGAAUGUACUUAAAUCAAAAUAUUUGCCAAUUUUAGAAAAAACGUAUUGUAUAGUUGUAUAUAUUUAGACACCAUUUAACAUUUUAGAACUUGGGCUUCUUUUGUUAAAUAAAAAAGGGUUCCGUAGAAAAA